UUAUUAUUUCCUUGCUCGAGUAAAAUCGGUUAAACUUCCUCAAUCAACCAACCGUUCGUUUUCAAUUUGAUUUUUAACCGAAAAGAUAAAAAGUUAUAAUCUAUUGUGUCAAAUUAGAUUGUCAAAACUUGUUUACAUAGGAAGACAAUAAUAUAAGUGAUAAUCACACAAUGUUAAGAUUACUGAAACUCAUAAACAAAAACUAUUUAAAGAAAAAGAACAUUACAUUACAUAGCUUAAAGAGAUCUUAUUCUGUAAAUGUAAAAUGUGAAAGGAUAAAUCACGAAGGAAUAGAUAGUCUGUCGGAUAAAUUUCAGAAGGGAACUGUUCUACAUGGUUUUAUGGUAGAUGAAAUAGCAAAAAUAGAUGAAAUAUAUCUUACUGCGAUAAGGCUUACACAUUUAUCUACUGGAGCACAAUAUGUACAUUUGGCAAGAGAUGACAGUAAUAAUGUAUUUGGUGUUGCAUUUCGUACUUUACCUAAAGAUUCUACAGGUGUACCACAUAUAUUAGAACAUACGACACUUUGUGGCAGUGAAAAAUAUCCAUGCAAAGAUCCAUUCUUUCAAAUGUUGUCAAGAUCUUUAGUUACAUUCAUGAAUGCCCUUACUGCUCCAGAUUAUACGAUGUAUCCAUUUUCUACGCAAAAUUUGAAAGAUUACAGAAAUUUGCAAUCUGUCUAUUUAGAUAGCGUAUUUAAACCUAAUUUAAGAGAAUUAGAUUUUUGUCAAGAAGGAUGGAGAUUAGAACAUACCGAUGUUAAUGAUCAAAAUUCUCCUAUUAUAUUUAAGGGUGUAGUAUUUAAUGAAAUGAAAGGAGUAUUUAAUGAAAAUCAAACGAUAUUAGCUCAAAAAUAUUUUAAUUCAAUCUUACCAAGUCACACUUAUGCUCAUGUAUCUGGUGGAGAUCCUCUUGUUAUACCUACUUUGAAACACAGCGAUCUUUUAAACUUUUAUAAUACUUAUUAUCAUCCAUCCAAUGCAAGAUUUUAUUCUUAUGGCAAUUUUCCACUUGAAGGUCAUCUGGAGUUUAUCAAUGAUCAAUAUCUUUCAUCAUCGAAUAAGACUGAUACACCAGUACCGUUAGUUCCUUCAGAAAAACGAUGGGAUAAACCUAAACACGAACAUAUUUUCUGUAGACCAGAUCCUAUGAUCGCAGAUCCAAGUAGAAAUGGUUCCAUUGCAAUAGGAUUUUUGUGUAAUGAUAUAACUGAUUUACAAUUAUCAUUUGAAAUGGCUGUUUUAGCUAAGUUAUUAUUAGAUGGUCCUAAUUCGCCAUUUUAUAAAAGCUUAAUUGAAUCAAAUAUAAGUACUGGCUAUGGUUCAAGUACUGGCUAUGAAUCUGAACGUAAAGAUACAAUGUUUACUGUAAGUCUACAAGGUGUCAAACCUGAAGAUUUUUCUAAAGUAGAACAAAUUUUUGACGAAACUUUACAAAAAGUUAUUGAAGAAGGUUUCGAACAAAAUCAAAUAGAAGUUGUUUUACAUGGCGUCGAAUUAGGCGUUAAACAUCAAUCAUCUAAUUUUGGAUUGGGUAUUCUAUUUAAAAUAAUGUCUCUAUGGAAUCAUGAUUGUGAUAUUAAACAAUCAUUGAGAAUAAAUGAAUUAGUUACAAAGUUUUUAGAUAAAAUGAAAAACAAUCCUAAUUAUCUUCAAGAUCUAGUGCAGAAAUAUUUAAUAAAUAAUAAUCAUAGAUUGACGGUAACAAUGUCACCCGAUGAAAAAUAUGAUGAUAAAAAAGCUGUUGCCGAACAAGAAUUGUUAAAAACUAAAUUGAAUGAACUGUCCAAAGAAAAAUUAGAUCAAAUAUAUGAACAAGGACAAAUGUUAUUAAAGGAAAAAGAGAAAAAGGAUAAUAAAGAUCUUCUUCCAACUUUAAAAAUAGAGGAUUUGAAAGAGGAUGUAACACGAUAUCAAUUAUUGAACGUAAAUGUCUCUGGUGUUCCAUUACAAGUAACAGUACAACCAACAAAUGGAAUUUCUUAUUAUCGUGGAAUAAUUAAUACGCAAAGAUUACCACAAGAAUUAAAAGAUCUAUUACCACUGUUCACUUCUAUUAUAGACAAAAUGGCUACUAAUAAUUAUGAUUACAGAAGUUUUGAUCAAAUGAUACAAUUAAAAACUGGUGGAUUAAACUUUGAUACUCACGUAGCUCAACAUAAAAGUAAUGUCAUGCAAUACGAAGAAGGUAUUAUGAUAGAAUCAUAUUGUUUAGAUCGAAAUAUAAAUGAUAUGUGGGGAUUAUGGUUAGAAUUAUUCAAUAAUGUUAAAUUAGAUGAUCUUCAAAGAUUUGAAACGUUAGUUAAAACGAAUGCGGCAUAUUUAGUCAGUGGUAUUGCUAAUCAAGGACAUCAUUAUGCAUCCACGAUUGCUAGUAGCUUGGUUUCACCUGUAGCUAAUCUUAAAGAAAAUUAUUCUGGAUUACAAUUUAUAAAAAGAAUGAAGAACAUAGCACAACUUGAUGAUUUAACACCGAUAUUAAAUCAAAUGAACGAAAUAGCUGGAUAUGUUUUGAACAAAAAACAUUUAAGAUCUGCACUUAAUUUUUCUAAUGAAAAUAAAGAACAUAUCUUACGAAGUAUCAAUUCAUUUUACAAAUCGUUAAAAGAUGAUAUCAAAGAACCGUAUAUUAUAACUACAGCUACAGAUGAUAAUGAUAAUAAUAGCAAACAAAAUGCAAUACAUUAUGUUUUACCAUAUACAGUUAAUUAUUCAUCAAAGGCAAUUUUAACAGUGCCAUAUGUUGAUCCAGAAUAUGCCAAAUUGCGAAUAUUAUCGAAACUUCUUACAUCGCUUUAUUUACAUCCUGAAAUUCGUGAAAAGGCUGGAGCUUAUGGUGGUGGAGCUUACUUGACUACUUCAGGAACAUUUACGUUCUAUUCUUAUCGAGAUCCUAAUUCAACUAAAACAUUUGAUAUAUUUGAUAAGUCGUACGAAUUUUUUCAAAAUUACAAAUUGUCUGACAAAGAAAUAGACGAAGCUAAAUUAGCCGUUUUUCAACAAAUUGAUGCUCCAUUAUCUCCAUCCCAACGUGGUUUACUUAAAUUUACUAAUAAAAUUACCGAUAAUGAUAUACAAGUACAAAGAGAACAAUUAAAAAGUGUUAACAAAGAACAGAUUAUGGAAGUUGUUGACAAAUUUUUAAAACCAGAACAAAAAGGUAUUAAAAUUGGUCGUGCCCUUCUUGGACCACAGAAUAAUGAUUUGUCGCAAAGACAAAUGGAAAAUUGGACUAUUUAUAAUAAUUAAAAAAAAAAAAAA